AGGCAAACGGUCCUGACGCAGGUGGAGGGAAAUUAAACAUGGGAGUGUACAAUGAACAAGGGGCAUCCAUUGAGGAGAUAGAGACUCACAACAUGGUGCUCAAAGAUGGAAAAGACACUUCUGGCCCUCAGCGCCGUAUGUCGACGCCAGACUCCGGUUGUACCCACUCAAGCAAAGUUCCCCCAAAAGAUGUCACUGACAUGAUGUUUAUGGUGGGUGGAUGGACCAAAGACGACCACUCUUGUCUGGUGGAGCAGUUCUGUCCAGAGUUUAAUGAGUGGAAGUCAGCAGCACGCAUGGUCAAGCAGCGUGGCGACGUCGCUGUGGGCACCCUAGACAAUAAGCUGUACACAGUGGGUGGGGAAGACAACAUUCGAUGUAGCAGUAAUGUUGAGAGGUAUGACCCAGACACAGACAGCUGGAGUGCGGAUGUAGCACCCUUGAGCAGCCCCCGCAGUGGAGUGUGCGUGGUGACCAUGGACGGAUACUUGUACGCUAUUGGUGGACAUGAUGGUAUUGCAGCCAUAAAUACUGUAGAGAGGUACGAUCAAAAGAUGAACGCGUGGAGCAAGCAAACGCCCAUGCUGACAAGACGCAGCAGAGCUGUGGCUGCUGUGCUGGGAGACCACUUGUAUGUGAUCGGAGGCAAUGAUGGAGUCCGGACGUUGAAUUCAGUGGAGAAAUACAACCCUGAAGACGGCACCUGGUCAGUAUGUGCCCACAUGUCCACUCCUAGGGAGAAUGCGGGCUGCGCCGUGUACCUGGGACACAUCUAUGUGGCCGGGGGGAGAGACGACCUCGGCUUGAGCCUGUGCUCGGCGGAGCGCCUUGACCCGGACACCACCAGGUGGACUCCUGUCAAACGCAUGAGAAGCAAGCGGGAUAAUGUGUCUCUUGUGGUGUUCAACGCUGCUUUACUGGCCGCGGGGGGCACUGAUGGAGUGUCAGAUUUGAAAACAAUAGAAGUUUAUAAUAGUGAGAGCAACUCAUGGAGACACUUUGGAAGUAUGAAGAGCAAGCAUCCAGGAGGCAGAGUGGCUGUGCUUUACUGAGACCUAACAAUGAAGCGUUAUUACAUGAGCGGGACAGAACUGAUAAAGAAACGAUAGGCUAAUGGAUGCCUUUGUCAUGCUCCAGGACAUGCUGUGAUAAGCUUCAAGCUCAGGCAGCAUAAUGACUGAAUAAUUGAACAGUUCGCUCAAAAAUGAGUUGCAUUAGUAAACCACCAGUACAAAACAACUCCACACAUUCAAUUGAAGCGCAUUAGGGGCUAAAAAGGUUACCUAACUGCUAUUUUUAUGUCAGCUGCUUUCAUAGAAAAAUGCAUCUCUUAGAGAUGGUCCAUACAUGCAUUCGUGAUUAGUGUUGUUUUGUGGAUAACGUAAAAUACAAGAGAACCUCUCGGGUAUUUUGAAGUGUUGUUUCCCAAAGGAAAUAACGGAAGGAGAGUUUAACAAGAGCUUUACAAAGAAGUUAAUUCAUUUAUUAUUUUCAGAUGUGUAUAUAAAAAAAGAGCCAGUAUAGAUAUCAGUUUUUUCUAAACUAAUAAACUCAUUUCACAAAAUACAACAACAAUCUCGUCAAAAGAUUUAAAAUGAAUUUACAACAGCAGCUCUCUUUGGGUUUAAAAAAAAAAAAAAAACAACAACAUUGAAGAGAAUUUUUACAUCUACUACUGUAUUCAGGGGAAAAAGGUUAGUUAAAUAGUUGUUUUCAUUCUUUUUGUUUUGGCAUGGUUUACUCAGUCUAACAAAAGUAUGCCACCAUGUUUACAUUGGAAUAACCCCCAGAUAAAUGUGAGUAAGUAGCUUGAGUCGCUGUAGGAGUAAAGCGUCAGCGGUUUGAUUGCUGGCUUUGGCUGCCUACUGUUGACUGUUGAUUGUGUACUUCGGCAAGGUACUGAAUCCUAAUUUUCCCCAAGUGGGUCGGUACCACCUUGCAUGGCAGCAGGACCAUUGGUUGUAUGAAUAUGUGCUUGAAUGUGAACUAAUGUAAAGUGCUUUGGGCAUGAUAAAAAGAUGGAAAUGAAUGUGCUAUAGGCCUAUACAGUCAUGGAUGAAAUUAAUGGCACCCCUGGAAUUUUUUCAGAAAAUACAGCAUUUCUCACAGAAAUUAAUGCAAUUGCAAAUAUUUUCAGUAUGAAUGUGUUUAUUUCUUGGAUGUGCAUUGGAAAAACACAAAACAGAUGAGGAAAAAAAGUAUAAAUUGACAAAAUUUUAGACAAAACUCAAAAAGUAGGCUGGACAAAAUUGUUGGCACCCUAACAACAAUAUU